GUAUUUUAUCUGUGAGUUCUUGGCCAGUGGUUCAAAGAUAUGAAAUAAGAAAACGAACAUCACUCUAUAGUAUAUACAUUGUGUUAGUGUGAUUGGGUGUGUGGGUGAUAUAACCGUAAGAGUGAAGGAAGGUUCGAUGUGAUGGUAUUUGAUGAAUCGGAGUUAGUAAAGAAGUUUGUCAAUCUCAACGGCAAACAGCUAAGCAUAGAAACCUUAUCCAGAUGGCUAAUUCAUCAUCGAAAACAUCAUGCAAGUAUUGUGCGUGUUUGGUUGUCAUUCUUUGAGAAAGGAUGCCCAAAGAAAAAAAUUGUGUACAUGUAUCUCGCAAAUGACAUUAUUCAGAGAAGUAGAAGGAAAGGCCCUGAAUUUGGCCAGUCAUUUGAAAGAGCACUCAGAAAAGCAUUUGAAAAAUUAUCAUUACCACAAUCUGAUGAAGACACAAGAAACAGAAUUUACAGGUUAUUGAAGAUAUGGGAAGACAGACAUGUUUACCAUGAAACUGUAAUUAAUGAUUUCCGGAAAGUAUUAGAAAAGAGGAGCCAUCUAUCUCCACCAUUAUCUGAUGCUUCCCAAUCACAAGCAACCUAUCAGAUUGAGGUUCAGACAAAGCGGCAGCCUAUACCUUAUGAGCCGACACCUGUGAUUCCAUCACGGACAGGAAAAUAUUUCGUGUAAACGGUUUUAUCAUGUCACAAGAUAGUUCAGCUUCAUUCGGCAUCAUUAAGAAAUUAGUGUGUUUGUAUCUAAACACAAGGACGCACACUGUAAAAAAUCAUGUUAUACUGUUAAUAGAAUUGUGAUUAAAUUUGGCUGUAUCAAUCAUUUGUAGUUAGUAAUUGUUUAAAUAUUGUGGAGAUGAUAUUUAAUUUGCGUAAUUUUAGUUAUUGAACUGUAAUGCACCAAUGUAUUCCAACCUUAGUUUGUUUUUUUGCUUAAGCAUUUAUCGUAUUACUCAGGUCUAGAAAGACUGCUUUUAAAAGCGGUGCUUAAAAAUUAUACUUUGGUGGCUACACGUUUCAUUGUGCAUAAAGGAAUUUGACCAUGACUUAGUGUCUUGUCAUGUAUUUAAUCAAUAAUAUUCCUGUUAUAUAGGAUGUGAAGUUAUGCACAAAUGGGAAAUAUCUUUUUGUACAUGUUUAGUCUUCCAGAGUGAAACAUUUAUAACAGUUUUUUGAAAUAAACAAUUAUGUUUAUGUAAAAUAUUCAGCUUCUUCACAGCUAUAUCACUUCAGGCGAUACCACCAUAGUGAAAACUGUCCAUGUGAAGCUAAGAAUAAGCUAUUUUCCUGUGUUAAAAAUAUGGUUCAGAUCAUCAUCAUUUGCAGUGAUUAUAAGAUUCAGAUCACAUUUUAAAUCAAUAUUUUCACAAAAUAUCUCUUAUUCUUAUGUAAUUAAAGCUUAUAAAUCACUAAAUAUCAAGAUUUAGUCAAGUGAUUUAAAAAAAUGCUCUGUUGUUGCCUGAUGAUCUGGUAACGUCACACACAUGGAGUAAGAUGAAGCCAAUGUGUGUUACAGGAAUGUUAGGUUUUUAUGUACUUUUUCUGAAAAUAGUUUAGCUAUUUAGUGAUGGUAAAUGCAUUUAAAAGUUCAAAGUAACAAUAGAAAGGAAUAAUGUCAGUUCUGAUAGUGGAAACUGUACGAAAAUUGAUGCAUUCAUGCUCUACUCAUUUAGAACGGCGAUAUGUAAGACGACACAUUCUUCCCGUGCUGGCUGCAACACCAUUAAACUGACUCCACAAAUUGUGGAACUUUUGAAAGUGGGUAGAUAUCUCAUAUCUACAUUGUCGACUACUGUCAUGAAAUAUAGCACAAAGCAAAAAUGUUGGCAAAUGUUUGUCCUGAUUUCCAGUAUAAAAGAUAUUCAACAAAGCGAUAGAGAGCAGCAUGGACUCUGUGGUGCAAGCGAUACUGCUUGCAACUACGGAUACGAAGAAUGUGGGUUCAAAUCCUAGAAGGGCCAUACAUUUUUAAGUUUUACAUCGAAUAUGAAAGUAGCCUAAGCAAGAAGUCGUUGUAGCAGUUGUUUCGAUGAUGGGAUGUAUUGUUUGUAGCUUCACAUUAAUCUUAGUCUGAGAAAUGAACAACUGAUGAUAAAGGCAUCUUCUUUGCUUACAAACAAUUACUGUUGUUGGAAAGCAUUGCUAGUAGUGAAGAUAUCACCAUACUCCUGCAAUAUAAUGAGGUGUAGGAUCAGUAUGCGCGCAGAGGUAUAAAGCAUGUAAAACUUGCAGGUAACACAAACAUAAGGGCUGUGUUGUUUGUGAGCGUAAACUCGUGUCAGAAUCUGAAGCAGACUUAACUUCUUAUUAUGUAAGAUGAUGAUAACUUUAAAUGGACAGUACAAAGAUUAAAAAAAGAUUGUUUCUAUCAAAGUAAAACGUGUGGUCACAUAAUUAGAAAAUAUCUUUUUUGAACAUGUGUGGACAGCUUUUGCAAAUGUAAGCGCAUGUAAACACCAAGGAAAAAACAAUAAUACUGUUGCUAAUAAGUGCGGUGAAGUUUUGUAA